GUUUCACUUGUUAUCAAUGUCAUGUUUUCCUUGCACAGGGCAGUACACACAGUCUCCCUCCUAUUUUAUGCUCACAACAACCUUGCAAGGUAGGCGAGAUUGAGUGAGAGCAACUGGGUCACCAGUGAGCCCCGCUAAUGAGCAGGGAUGUGAACAGGAAUCUACCUGCCCCAGUUUAUCCACUAUAGCACAUUUUACUGUCCAUUGGGAUCUGUUUUAUUAAGACUUUUGGAUGAAGGAAGCUAACAUACUUCUUGGCAACCAACCAACUAUGUCUCUUGAUCCUUCAUGGCAGGUCGAAAGACCCCUCCGUCUGGGGAGGUCCAUAUCUGGGUCAAGGACACCAAAGAUCUGCCCCAGUUACGUCCCUCCGGAGUGGGCUCCUUUGUGAAAUGCUACGUUCUUCCAGACACCAGUAAAAAGAGCUACCAGAAGACCCGCAUUGUCCAGAGGGACUCCAACCCGGUGUUUAACCACACCAUCGUGUACGACGGCUUUCAUACAGAAGAUCUGAAGGAUGCCUGUGUCGAGCUGACCGUCUGGGAUCAUGAGAAACUGACCAAUCACUUUCUGGGAGGGAUCCAGCUGGGACUUGGGACAGGUAAUAACGAGGCCCUUUCGCCUCAUUCCAGUUUCGACAUGAAACAUGUUCUCCUUGCCCAGAAAAUAUAAACAGGGAGAGCAGACAUCCAAAGGGCAUGUUUUGGACCGCAAAUCAAAAUGGAAAGGGCUUCUCUUCAGAAGCGUGGCUGGGCGGAAAUUAGAAUUCACAGCAAGCCAGGCCUCUGCACCAUUGAAAUCAAUGAGUACCGUUCAUUUCCCAUUAAUUUCCCAUUAAUUUUAGUAGGAUGUAGUCAUGACUAACAUAGCCCGGAUGAUUUCAGGGGUUGAACCUGAAGCCAUCAGCAUGCAAGUUGUACACUGGACUCGGGUCAGGACAUCCUAAAAUGAAUGACAGCGAAUGCCCACUAAAAUGCACUGGUUCUUUCCAAAUGGCAAGGGGACUGCAUGGAAUUUCUGAAUGGCCAAUGGAGAGGAGAGGAGAGCUGGUCUUGUGGCUGCAAGCAUGACUUGUCCCCUUAGCUAAGCAGGGUCUGCCCUGGUUGCAUAUGAAUGGGAGACUAGAAGUGUGAGCACUGUCAGAGAUUCCCCUCAGGGGAUGGAGCUGCUCUGGGAAGAGCAGAAGGUUCCAAGUUCCCUCACUAGCAUCUCCAAGACAGGGCUGAGAGAGAUUCCCGCCUGCAACCUCGGAGAAGCCACUGCCAGUCUGUGAAGACAAUACUGAACUAGGUAGACCAAUGGUCUGAUUCAGUAUAUGGCAGCUUCCUAUGUUUCUAACCAGUGCAUCUUAGUGGGCAUUCCCUGUCAUUCUUGACUAUAUGAUCCUAUUGAUAUAUUUGUGCAAGAGUUUGUUUCAAUUUGUCGCUUAAGAUGAUGGUGAAAUGCAGCAGUCAUGCUAACUGAGGAAAGAGGCACCUCUUAGAAAGUGGUCUAGUUCUCUUGCAUUUAGCAGGGGGAGAGCAACUGUCCCUCUUCAGACCAGUACACUGUCCCUACAGUGGCUGUUGGCUGGCGUCUCUCUUGUGUCUCUGUGGGGCAGGGAACCAUCUUCUCCUUGCUUUUGCUAUGAAAGCUGUUUGGGGAAUUUUUCUGCUCGAGAAGCAGGGUAGACAAGUGAGGGGGAUAAAUAAGAAGUGGGGCAAAGACCGGCCUUGCUGAAGGGGCCCCUGCUGACUGGGCCGAAGGGCACCUUCUCAAAAUGGCGGCUCUCUCGUAUCCCACAAGAGGGGGAGCAACUGUCCCUAUUCAGCCCAGCCCAGUGUCCUUCCCAGUGGCUGUUGCUGGCGUCUCGUUGGUGUUUCUUUUUCGCCUGCAAGCCCCUUGGAGGCAGAGAACCAUCUACUCAUGCCUUUUGCUGUGGAAGCCCCUUUGGGAAC